AUGAGAUUGGCCAUUUAUGGCUGUGUAUCUUCCAUACUGGCUAUUGGAGUGAUACUUUCAGCAAUGUAUAAACGUCCUAAUUUUUAUGCUGCAUGUAUUUACGUUUCGAAAUCUAGUGCUUGCAUGAUGAUUUUACUGAAUAUGGGGUUUAUCGUGUCGGUGUUGUUUGGAAAAGUCUUGCAAGCAAUCUUUUUUGGUAGACUGAGGGCUAUCGAAAUUGAGCAUUUAUACGAACGGUCAUGGUAUGCAGUGACUGAAACGUGUUUAGCAAUGACUAUUUUUCGAGAAGAAUUUGAUUUACGUUUUAUUGUCGUCUUCACAACAUUGUUGUUCUUGAAAAUAUUCCACUGGUUAUGUCAAGAUCGUGUAGAAUUCAUGGAACAAACACCUACAAACAGAGUAGGUUUUCACAUUCGAAUCGUCAAUUUAUUAUGCCUGCUCUUGAUUAUAGACACCUUUUUAGCAAAUCAUGCUAUCUAUGUUACACUAACUAAAGGGCCCAGUAUGAUGAUCAUCUUCGGGUUUGAGUACACUAUUUUGAUAUGCUCCAUCCUAUCUACCAUUGGCCGAUACAUCAUCAAUUUGAUCGAUAUGAGGACGGAACAAACAUGGGAAGGGAAAUCAAUGUACAUAUUCUAUUUAGAUCUUAUAACAGAAUUUUUUAAAUUGGUCACGUACCUCGUGUUCUUCUUGUAUAUUUGCUUGAAUUACCAGCUACCAAUUCAUAUAAUCCGAGAUGUAUAUGUCACUUUCAAAUCGUUCAUUCAAAAAUGCCGUGAUCUUCACAGAUAUAGACGCGCUACACGCAACUUAAACGAACUAUAUCCUGAUGCUACAGCUGAAGACUUGAAUCGUGCCAACGAUAGUACUUGUAUUAUUUGUAGAGAAGAGAUGCAUGCCAACGGACAGCAACCUGAAAAUGAUGAUGUAGGCAGUAAUAUUGAUAUGGCGAAUGAUGAUCUGCAACAGCCCAAGAAAUUGCCUUGUGGACAUAUUUUUCAUUUUCACUGUUUACGAAGUUGGCUAGAAAGGCAGCAAUCUUGUCCUACUUGGUAA